AUGUCUGCCGAGUACCAAAACCAGGACCCCCUCAAGCUCGCCCAGCAGGCCGAGAGAGAUCUCAACUCCUACGGUGCUAAGCAGGGCCAAGCCACCAGCGACAGCGCCCUUGAGUCUGGUGUUGAUGAGAGCGUUACCAACAAGUUCCCUGGUGCCGAAGUCAACGUUGGAAGCACUGGUGCCUCCAACAACCAAAGAAUCCCUCUGAGCGAGGGUAACGACAUCGAUCCAUCCACUGGCAAGCCCUUCAAGGCUGGCGCAUUCGAGGGUGUCGGAGGUCCCGAAGACAAGGCUCGUUUGAAUGCCCAGGACAACGGCGGUGAUGACUCAAUCCGCUCCAACAUCCGCAACUAA